AAAGAGAUGAAGAAAUUGGCCUUAAAGUUCGCUUAAGAGUGCAAAAGAGCAAGAUAGCCACAAUAUUACCGACGGACAAAAGCAGUAAAGGCCACCCAAAGGGCACUACACUUUGGCAAGAUUGUGAAGAAGCCUCAAAAGAAAUCUAAUAAACCCAAUCCUUCGCGAAAGCCUUCCUCUUCAAGGACAGAAGAAAUGCGGGUGCUAUUCCAGACUGACAUGAAGGAUAAAAAGCUGAAACAGAGAGGUUCUGGAACAGAGAGUCUAGUGGAGCUUUCAUUGCUGUAUAUAGGUAUGCAAGUGCAACACCAUUACUGCCUUCUAUUCUUAGUCAGGGUAUUGGUUGGCAGGGAGUCGGCAUUCUGUUAUCAGAAUUGUUUGGAACAAUUAGUGGAUCGUCCGUGUCUAGAAAAUGCAGGUCUAUUGGCUUUGACACGUGUUGGCAGUCGAAGAGUUGUGCCGAUAUCUGCUGGAUUCAUGAUUUUCUCUUCAAUUUUAGGAAAAUUUGGAACAGUUUUCGCAUCUAUCCCACCUGCAAUUGUUGCUGCCCUGUACUGCUUAUUCUUUGCUUAUGUUGGUGCUGGAGGCAUUAGUUUUCUUCAGUUCUGCAACCUUAACAGUUUUAGAACAAAGUUCAUAUUAGGCUUCUCUAUAUUCUUGCUGCCUCUUAUUUGCACACUCAGACAAGGAGCAUACUUCCUUUCCACAUUAGGCUUCUCUAUAUAUAAUUUCGUUUUAACUUUCAAUUAGAGCUUUUUAUAAGGUUGUUUAAAAUUUGAUACUUAUUUUGGUAAGUGUUUAAUUUUUGUCACUGAGAUUAUAUUUGUAAUCAAAGUUUUGGUUGUGAUAUAUUUUUUUUACACAUAUUUAACCAUGUGCGGGGGUUUGAAACCUCCGCAAACCCAACCGCCGCAGUUUGAACAGGAUACCAACGCUCAUCCAAAUCCCCCGCAUAUUUACUAUUGGAUUCUAAUAAGCGGCAGUUUUCAAAACUCCCGCAAAACCAUCCGCGGAGGUUGUAAAUAGCGUGUAUUUUUUUGUAGAUAUAGGGCUGUAAUACUCUGACUUUGAACAUAAUUUAUAAACUAGAGUGGGUAUCUUUGAAUAGUACUUGCUAUUUUCGAGUUUUGAGAAUUGGUGUUAUUUCUUUCCACUUAGAACAGAUAAGAUUAUAUAUCUCUUUUUUUUUAAAAAAAAAAAAAAACAAACAAUAUGGUUAUG